AUGGGAUAUAAGAUAUAUUCUAACUCUGACUUAGUUCAAACAGUAACAUGGGCAAACUAUGAAUGGUUCGCUUUGAGAAACUCAGUACAACCACAAGCUAGAGAACAAACAGACCAGUAUGCAACUAUUGAGAAAAUAAGAAGACUUGACCCUAACGUUCCAGGAGUUUAUGUUAACCUUUCUGGUUCAGAUGGAAAUGCUGCCACUAAAGUAAAACUGAAACUUAGAGUUCCUUUGUCAUCUUUCCUCAUCUUCAGGUUUUUAAGAUACUUGCCAAACUGGGCAGGAAAAAUUUCUAUUGAACUUACUCCAAGCAAAAAUAACUUAGUCAUUGCACCAACACAAGACCCAUUCACUAUUACUGUAGCUGGAACUGGUGGAGCCAAGUUCUGUGACUUUUGCAAAGACAAAGUUGACUUAGACUUUGGUUUCUCAAACUUCAACACUGAAGUAAACUAUUAUUUCAAUGCUGCUGGAACUGCUUGGGACCCAGUUAAGUUCACAUGCGAAAAGUUUGAAUGCAAGAGAAUAGAAAGCAGACUUGCCGUUUAUAUGUUGGACCCAGAUAUUUCAAAUGCUUUAGCUGCCAAAUAUAUUGCAGUUCCACUUAUGUUCCCUAUACACCAAAUAUCUGUCAAAGACUUUGCAGGUGAAGUUGGAAACCAAAGUGCUGACCCAGGUGCAAGAACAGAUAUUGCUUUAACAACUGCAAUGAAACAUGCAGAUACUAUGUUUGUACUGUUCAGACGAACUAUAAAUGACUAUUCUUGUUUCUACAACCCUGGUAUUAAAUAUCAUAUAAACAUAGAUGGCAAAUAUUAUCCAAGAGAAGAAUAUUCUACAGUUGAGGAUAUGAGGUCAUACAACUUGACAUUAGAUGCUAUGAACUUUAACAACAACUUCACAACAACCAUUAA